CUGCCCCGCACUGCUCCAUCGGUGCUGCGCCACUUGUACCCGAGUCGCAGAUCCACACCUCAGCAUGUCGGAGACCGCUCCUGCUGCUCCUGUCGCCGCGCCCCCGGCGGAGAAGACCCCCGUGAAGAAGAAGGCUGCCAAGAAGCCUUCCGGGGCGCGCAGAAAAGCGUCCGGGCCCCCGGUGUCCGAGCUCAUCACCAAGGCUGUGGCCGCCUCCAAAGAGCGCAGCGGGGUCUCCCUGGCCGCGCUCAAGAAGGCGCUGGCGGCCGCCGGCUACGAUGUGGAGAAGAACAACAGCCGCAUCAAGCUGGGGCUCAAGAGCCUGGUGAGCAAGGGCACCCUGGUCCAGACCAAGGGCACCGGCGCCUCCGGCUCCUUCAAGCUCAACAAGAAGGCGGCUUCCGGGGAAGCCAAGCCCAAGCCUAAGAAAGCGGGCGCGGCCAAACCCAAGAAGUCUGCGGGUGCGGCCAAGAAGCCCAAGAAACCCGCAGGCACUACCGCUGCCAAGAAGACGGCCAAGAAGACCCCAAAGAAGGCCAAGAAGCCCGCGGCUGCUGCUGUCACCAAGAAAGUGGCCAAGAGCCCCAAAAAGGCCAAGGUUGCCAAGCCGAAGAAGGCGCCCAAGAGCGCUGCAAAGGCUGUGAAGCCCAAGGCUGCUAAGCCCAAAGUGGUCAAGCCCAAGAAGGCACCCCUCAAGAAGAAGUAGAUUGUCUGCUUCGAUUAAAAACCAAAAGGCUCUUUUCAGAGCCACCCACUGAUCUCAAAAGAGCUGAACA